AUAGUUCGGGCUAACGGCUGCACCCUUCACUUCGCUCCAGACACAGGACAGAUUGAGUCUUGUUGCCAGAAGCAAAUCAACGUCGCGUCGUUCUCUAACUCUUCAGUGUUCCAGGAAACAUGCGUGAGUGUAUCUCCAUCCACGUUGGUCAGGCCGGWGUCCAGAUUGGCAAUGCCUGCUGGGAGCUUUACUGCCUGGAACAUGGGAUCCASCCRGACGGACAGAUGCCCAGCGRCAAGACCAUCGGAGGAGGAGACGACUCCUUCAACACCUUCUUCAGUGAGACCGGAGCUGGGAAGCACGUCCCCAGAGCUGUUUUCGUCGACCUGGAGCCCACUGUCAUCGAUGAAGUGCGCUCUGGAACCUACCGCCAGCUGUUCCACCCUGAGCAGCUGAUCACCGGAAAGGAAGAUGCUGCCAACAACUACGCCCGUGGACACUACACCAUCGGCAAAGAGAUCAUCGACCUGGUGCUGGACAGGAUCCGCAAACUGGCUGACCAGUGCACUGGUCUUCAGGGCUUCCUGGUUUUCCACAGCUUCGGAGGAGGCACCGGCUCUGGCUUCACCUCCCUGCUGAUGGAGCGUCUGUCYGUCGACUACGGCAAGAAGUCMAAGCUGGAGUUCUCCAUCUACCCCGCCCCCCAGGUGUCCACCGCUGUGGUGGAGCCCUACAACKCCAUCCUGACCACCCACACCACCCUGGAGCACUCUGACUGUGCCUUCAUGGUAGAUAACGAGGCCAUCUACGAUAUCUGCCGCAGGAACCUGGAUAUCGAGCGUCCCUCCUACACCAACCUGAACAGGCUCAUCAGUCAGAUCGUGUCCUCCAUCACUGCUUCCCUCCGUUUUGAUGGUGCCCUCAAUGUYGAUCUGACMGAGUUCCAGACCAACUUGGUGCCAUAUCCCCGUAUCCACUUCCCUCUGGCCACCUACGCUCCCGUCAUCUCUGCUGAGAAGGCCUACCAUGAGCAGUUAACRGUGUCYGAGAUCACAAACGCCUGCUUCGAGCCAGCCAAUCAGCUGGUGAAAUGUGACCCUCGCCACGGUAAGUACAUGGCYUGCUGCCUCCUGUACCGUGGAGAUGUGGUGCCCAAAGAUGUCAACGCCGCCAUCGCCACCAUCAAGACCAAACGCUCCAUCCAGUUUGUGGACUGGUGYCCCACUGGUUUCAAGGUCGGCAUCAACUACCAGCCCCCCACUGUGGUUCCUGGUGGAGACCUGGCCAAGGUCCAGAGGGCCGUGUGCAUGCUGAGCAACACCACUGCCAUCGCUGAGGCCUGGGCUCGCCUUGACCACAAGUUUGAUCUCAUGUACGCCAAGAGGGCCUUCGUUCACUGGUACGUGGGUGAGGGUAUGGAGGAGGGAGAGUUCUCMGAGGCCAGAGAGGACAUGGCAGCUCUGGAGAAAGAUUACGAGGAGGUCGGAGCUGAUAGUUUGGGAGAUGAUGAUGAGGAAGGGGAGGAGUAUUAAACACAUGCAUUCCAUUGUUUUUAAGGGUUUGUAAACUGUUACAACCACUGUUACUUUGCUCUACACGUUCAAAAAUGUAGAAGAGAACUGUUUGCAACAUUGAAUAAAUUUAAGGGUUCGUAAACUGUUACAACCACUGUUACUUCGCUCUACACGUUAWAAAAUGUAGAAGAGAACUGUUUGCAACAUUGAAUAAAUUUAAGGAAGUAUUAAACCC